AACUGAGCCCCACACACGCCGCACCUCCUGGCGGGCUCUCCACCCCUGCUCUCCAACACUGCGCUCCAACACUGCGCCCCAACACUGCCCUCCAACACCACCACCACCAACAACACUACAUCUUGCCCCCACCGCCCGUGAGAGCGCAUUAGCAGGAGGUGGCUGACUGACCCCGGGGGAGUUCCACAGGGUAUACUGAACUGCGGCAGGUCGUGCUAUCGUCCGGACUCACAGCAGGAUAACCACGCUGUGUUAUCCUGUGUGAGAGUGGCACCGGUGUUGGCACUCGACGGAGACUCCAGUGUUGGCACUCAACAGACGUUCAAGUGUUGGCACUCAACAGGUUAACUCUAAAUAACCGCGAGACGUCUCACAAAAGAGGCACUUGCGGGUAUGAGAGUGAUUAAGAGGUCAACUACAGGCACUCGUGGGGUGAAGUGAGGCAGCGACAGUGCCAGUCAGAAGUGAGGCAGCGACAGUGCCAGUCAGAAGUGAGGCAGCGACAGUGCCAGUCAGAAGUGAGGCAGCGACAGUGCCAGUCAGAAGUGAGGCAGCGACAGUGCCAGUCAGAAGUGAGGCAGCGACAGUGCCAGUCAGAAGUGAGGCAGCGACAGUGCCAGUCAGAAGUGAGGCAGCGACAGUGCCAGUCAGAAUUGAGGCAGCGACAGUGCCAGUCAGAAGUGAGGCAGCGACAGUGCCAGUCAGAAGUGAGGCAGCGACAGUGCCAGUCAGAAGUGAGGCAGCGACAGUGCCAGUCAGAAGUGAGGCAGCGACAGUGCCAGUCAGAAGUGAGGCAGCGACAGUGCCAGUCAGAAUUGAGGCAGCGACAGUGCCAGUCAGAAGUGAGGCAGCGACAGUGCCAGUCAGAAGUGAGGCAGCGACAGUGCCAGUCAGAAGUGAGUUUACCGCCUUAACACCCGUGGAUAACCUGUAGUGGUGACUGUAUUGACUCGACGAGGAAUGUGUGAGGUAUGACAUCCUCACUCCCGUGAUUAAUGAGGAUUAAGUCACGUAUGAGGUGUGCACGGGCAUGAGUAGCCCGGGAUCAGUCUCCAGGCCAGCUUGUGAGGCCUCACUCCAAUCCUCACAACCUCAGUGUUCUCGGGCAUCAAAAGCGCUUGAGCAGGACACCUGCUGCUUCGAGGAUCACCUCGACACGAGCGGAUGCUCCUCGGAGCGCUGCGCAGACUCAUUCCUUCCUCGAGUGAGACUCAAGAACCACUAUGAAACUCUUGAGGAAGGUCGGUGUUGUUUACCUAUCGUGAGAGGACUUCGAAGAUGAACUCUUCUCUUGAACUCUGAACUGUUGUGGACAGAGGAAGCGAUUCGGAACCGACUCCAGACAUGGCUCAUAAGGGUCACCCUCCUCUAGGCCAGUGCUGUCACCCUCCAGGCCAGUGUUGUCACCCUCCAGGCCAGUGUUGUCACCCUCCAGGCCCGUCUUGUCACCCUAACCAGCCAGAUCUCCCAGCUGGACCUCGCCACCUGCGGCAAACUCGUGACUUAUCUGACGGAGGCGUCACGCGCCGCGACCCUCUGUCUCGUACCUACUCGAUUGAUAUCUGGCCCGCAGAGAUAUCCAGAUACCUAGGUACGGAUGGCUAUCCAUACGCCCCCGCCGUCCCUGAUGGCUAUCCUCAUGUUCACAUAGACAUGGAUGACAGUCCACAUGUUCUCCCAGACAUGGAUGACAGUCCACAUGCUCCCCCAGACAUGGAUGACAGUCCACAUGUUCUCCCAGACACGGAUGACAGUCCACAUGCUCCCCCAGACAUGGAUGACAGUCCACAUGCUCCCCCAGACACGGAUGACAGUCCACAUGUUCCCCCAGACAUGGAUGACAGUCCACAUGCUCCCCCAGACACGGAUGACAGUCCACAUGCUCCCCCAGACACGGAUGACAGUCCACAUGCUCCCCCAGACACGGAUAACAGUCCACAUGCUCCCCCAGACACGGAUGACAGUCCACAUGCUCCCCCAGACACGGAUGGCAAUCCACAUGCUCCCCCAGACACGGAUGACAGUCCACAUGCUCCCCCAGACAUGGAUAACAGUCCACAUGCUCCCCCAGACACGGAUGGCAAUCCACAUGCUCCCCCAGACACGGAUGACAGUCCACAUGCUCCCCCAGACACGGAUGACAGUCCACAUGCUCCCCCAGUCAUGGAUGACAGUCCCACAGACACAGACAGCCCCACAGAAGCCAUAACACACACAGACCAGCUUACAGACAUGACCACCGGCCCAGUUUGCUUCACACUGGCAGACGACAUAGAGGACACCGCUCUCGACUUCGCCGACAGAAGCCUGGGUUCGAAGUCUCUUGAAGACCAGCACGUGGAAUACACCGACUGUUCGGACACCUGCACGGAAUUUGGCGAUUCUCGGUGUCCUUCUAUGGACACGCUCAACUCCCACUUUUCCACAGACACUCACAGCCAGCUGCAGUCAACCACAGACUCGAUUUACAUUCUCCACGUAAAUGAGGACACGCGGCACAGCCGGCCACAGAGCGGUGAUGACCUAGGCAAUUCUGACGACGCGACAGGGGCUGCGAGAGGCCCAGUUGGGGCUGUAAGGCUGACGGAAUCUGGUCAUGGCCACUGUUUAUCGCAGCCCGUCGCGUCAGGUGACGAGAAAUACAGCGACGCGUCGCAGACAGCCACGUACAUGGCCGGCUUCUACGACCAUCCGUUAACGACCGCAGAUGACGUGAACGAGCAACCUCGUAGUGACGGAGGAACUAGUUACCAGCACGAGCAGCAGACAGAUAAUUACGAGGAGGAGCAGACACCAUCCCACAGCAGCACAGACGAGUCUGAAGAACACGACGAUCCCCCUACGAUACGGGUAUCUGAGAGGAGAGUGAGCGACACUAUCCACGAAGACUUGUCGCUGGGAGACACUCCACGACGUCUGAGCUUCCUGAAGCCUGCCCCUCGACGACACCUCUCCCACGACGUGACGCUAGGGCGCAGGUUCUCUCACGAUGCGCUGCUCAUGCGCCAGAGAACACACGAGGCGCUUCUCACCCGCCAGAGGUCUCAAGAUGCUAUAUUGACGCUUGGUCGUCACGCCUCGCAGGAUGGUGGCAGCGCUGAGACUUCUCACCCGCCGCUGAGACGUCUCUCAGAUCUCCGCAGCCUCACCCUCACUCUGGGACUCCAGAUCCACGGCUCCAUACUCAACCUGGCGUCUGAGAAGUCCCGCAAACAGUCGGACCAGAUGGUGUCACUGAGUUUCAAGUCCCUGGAAACGUACAUCACCGAAGACAACUUCAGCGGCCUGCAGACUUUCUUGGCUACCCGCUCUGUGGUUAUAGAUGACAAGGAUGAGAAUGGCGCCACUGCUCUUAUCCUGGCUGCCAGCAAGGGCAGGUCCGAGAUGUGUAACGAGCUCAUCCUCCACGGAGCAGACGUCAACGCCGAGGAUAAUGACCAGUGGUCACCCUCCAUCACAGCGACCAAGGAAGGUCAUGUGGAAACUGUGGCAACACUGCUCGAUCAUGGCGCCAACAUACAUCACAAGGACAUGGGUGGAUGGACUGCACUUAUGUGGGCCUGUUAUAAGGGCCACACUGCCCUGGCCAGCAUGUUGCUUUCACGUGGUGCUGACCCCAACACCCAGGGUCAACAUCACAUGACCUCAUUAGUGUGGGCAGCUGGCCGGGGUCACACAGAGAUCGUGCAUGACUUACUGCAGCAUGGUGCCAAGGUCAACAUUGGGGACAAGUUUGGGACAACGCCGCUCAUCUGGGCGUGCCGUAAGGGAUAUUACGAGAUCGCCAAGGAUCUCUUGCAACAUGGAGCCAACGUCGACGCCUCUGGCAUGUACUCGUGGACGCCAUUGCUAGUAGCAACAAGAGGCAACUUCCUGGAGUUGGUGCAACUGCUGCUGGAACACCGGCCCAACCUCAAUGCUCUUGACAAAGAUGGAGGCACUGCGCUUACCAUUGCUUGCAAAGAAGGGUAUACAGAGAUUGCUAAUGCUUUGCUAAAUAGUGGAGCUUAUGUUAACAUGCAGGAUCGCAACGACGAUACUAAUCUAAUAUAUGCUGCAAGAGGAGGUCACAGAGCGGUGGUAGAAGCCCUCCUCAAGAAGUACUGUGACGUUGACAUGGUGGGCAAGGAUAGAAAGAAUGCUUUAUAUUGGGCGGUAGAGAAAGGUCACACCUCUGUUGUUAAGGUGUUGUUAAGUGCAAACCCUGAUCUGGAACACACCACCAAAACCGGAGAUGCUUGUCUCCUGAGGGCAGUCAGGAACAAGAAUGCCGAGGUGGUUCAGCUGUUAGUCGACAAAAAAGCUCGGGUAUCGGUGACGGAUAAAAAAGGCGACACUGCCCUACAUAUUGCCAUGAGAGGACGUUCAAAGAGAAUAGUAGAAAUCUUAUUGAGAAAUCCCAAAAAUAGCCAGCUGCUGUACCGUCCUAACCGAGCUGGCGAGACCCCAUAUAACAUCGAUCUCUCCAACCAGAAGACCAUCCUCGGCCAGAUCUUCGGAGCGCGUCGUCUUAACACCAAUGAGGACAACGAAAAUAUGUUGGGCUAUGAUCUUUACUCGUCAUCCAUGGCAGACAUCCUCAGUGAACCUUCUCUUUCCAUGCCCAUAUCUGUUGGUCUCUAUGCCAAGUGGGGCUCAGGGAAGUCUUUCCUCAUACGCAAACUGAAGGAGGAGAUGGGGAGUUUUGCUCGUCAGUGGGUAGAGCCAUUGUUUCAGUUCUCCCCACUAGUACUAUUGGUGGUUAUCCACCUGUCAUUAUUAAUUGGUCUCAUCACGGCUGUACCGACAUUUUCUUGGAUUGUGGGCGUGGCCACUGGAGGCGGAGUCUUCCUUCUAUCUACCCUCUUCCUUGUUGCAGUUUGGCAUAGUUCGAGAAGGUAUGACCUGCACAUAUGGUAUAAAUGGAGUGUGUCGCUAGAAAAACAUAUGGCAGCCUUCAAGCUGGUGUUGCAAGUCAUCUUCUGCUCACCACCUGGAACACAGUGGAAGGAGUGGAAAGACGGUGUGCAGGCUAGACCACUCAAGUUCAUCUUUGCUGAAGGCGCUAAGCCCAGCAGCACAGCUGCAGGAGAAAACUCUGUUGUUCAGAUGCUGGGUUCUCUCUUUGACAUGGUAGAGAGAGAAUAUGGCAUGUUUGCCACUAGGUUCUACAGAGCCUUUCGACCCAAAGCUCAGGGCUCAUCAUCUCCUUGGAAGUACCGGCGUCUCUGUGGCAUUCCAUACAUUGCCAUCUUUUUUGUUACUCUGAUUUGCCUGCUGACGGUGGGAGUUAUUACGGGACUCUUUGGCUUUCAUCCGGAGACUCUGGUUGAGGAGGAAGAGCCAGGAAUGAAUGUGCCUGGAAUGGAACACCCAGUAGAGGAGGAGGAGGAGGACGAUGACGAUGAUGACGACAUCAGUGGAGAGUCCAGUGAAGAGAGCGAGUAUAUCGAUUUAAGGCCAUACCAUGGAGCGUUAAUGAAUCCAUUACUGAUCACUUUGGGUGUAUUAGUAGCCGUUGUAGUGGUGGCUAACUUACACACCUUGGCACGUAUGGUUGGCUCGCUCAUAUUCUCUCACCGCCGCCAUCUCCUCCGUGCUGUAGCUAAGCUUGACACAAUUAAAGCUGAAGGUUAUUUACACACGCUCAAGAAUGAAGUUAAUCUCAUGGUGGAAAUGGUAAAGUGCCUGGAUGCCUUCACGGCCCAGCAAACACGUCUCGUGGUCGUUGUGGAUGGCUUGGACAGCUGUGAGCAGGAGAAGGUGCUCUCGGUCCUUGAUGCUGUCCACACACUCUUUACAGAUUCUUCUGCACCCUUCAUCAUUCUUCUUGCCAUUGAUCCUCACAUCAUAACUAAAGCUAUAGAGCUUCACGUUCAUCGGGUAUUCAGCGAGUCGUCCAUAAGUGGUCAUGACUACCUAAGAAAUAUUGUCCACUUGCCCUUUUAUCUUCAAAAUUCAGGACUUCGUAAAGUGAAGCAAGCUCAACAGGCGGCAGAACGAAUGAGAGGGCGGUUACAAAACACGUGGCUGGAGGUGGAGACGGAUUCAGUCAGCAUUGCUACCACUUCAGCCAUGGGUGGCAUCAGUCAUAUACCAUUAAAACAGUGUCUAUCAUCUGAAAGCGGAUUCAGUUUGCAUAUCCCUGCUAAUCGUCGAAUGUCUUCUGAGAGCGGACUAAGUUCUUCUCAGAACUUGAGACGCAACAACAGUAAAAGUAGCCGCAGGACUCUUAAGCCUUCAGAUUCCAUUGCCUCCAGCAUAGGGUCCAAUCUUAACAGAGUAGGGGGAGCGCAAGACCUCACGAAGGUCUUAUUAACUGACGAUUAUUUUAGCGAUAUAAAUCCUCGGUCAAUGAGAAGAUUAAUGAACGUUGUGUACAUCACUGGAAGAUUAUUAAAAGCAUUCCACAUAGAUUUUAAUUGGUAUCAUUUAGCGUCAUGGAUCAACAUCACCGAGCAGUGGCCUUACCGUGCUUCUUGGCUUAUCUUAUAUUAUGAAGCCAAUGAAGAAACACUUGAAGAAAAAACCUCUUUGAAGGAUCUCUAUGAAAAAAUCAGAAAUAAAGUUCCAGUGUCGAAAGACAUGGAGCCACUACUGGAGAUGGACAAGGAAGAGAAAAAGUUUGAGAUCUUCCUAUCAAUGCACAAAAGUUCUUUACACAUCUCUGACCUCAAAGUUUUUCUUCCAUUUACUAUUAACUUGGACCCCUUCAUUAGAAAGGUUAUCAAGGAAGAUCAGCCACAGUUUGAAGACAAUGGCCCAUAUUUUGCUGCCAAUGCACCAAAUCCUUGGGCAUUCCAACAUUACGACGCUCAAAGUAAAUCUUCAACUACGUCAAGAAGACAGCAGCCACUAAGAGGGAACCAAAAGAUUUCUACAGCCAGCAUGCCCCCCAUGAAUACUCUAAUGUGGGGCUAUGGACCCCCAUUUAUGUCCUCUAUACAGUCAGCCCCAUCAGUUGACUUCAACACUGCCCCCAUCACUGUCAAUCCAGUGCUUAGCACGGGUCAAUCAAGUUUACCGCCUGAAGCAGCGGAUAAAAAGCUUUCAUCCUUAACUAUUGAAGGGUUGUUUCACGUCUUCAGUAAGGUGGAAGGUGUAUCGACGACCUUGAUAUCCAGUUACAAGGAGCGCUUUAUUGAGCACAAUAUUAAUGGCAAAGUUCUUUUACACUGUGAUUUAGAUGAUCUUAAGAAGGUGCUAAACAUGAACUUUGGAGAUUGGGAAUUAUUCCGUAUGCUGGUGUUGACACUACGGGACCGGGAAGUUGACGAGGACUUCAACAGCAAAAAUGUGCGAUUUGCCGAUCCGCACUUGCAGCAGCACGGUAGUCAAGGUGUUGAUGUGCAAGAUGACAGCGGAGAACCAAGCAGUCUGACCAGCAGCUUGGAGGGCUCGCUAAUGCGACGGGGAUCAAGUCGGGCGUCUUCAUCCUACAGCAGUAAUAAGGAUCGUGAAGAGUCCCACUGUUCAGUGCGUAAAAUGACCAAGCAAAACCUACUAGCCAAGCAGGCAUCGCUAAAUGAGGCGUACCAUGGCUCCGACAAUGAAGAAGAGCUCCAUACACCAACGGACAAGGGUCCUCACCAUUGGGUUUAACAACGUGAGCUGCAACAAGAUCAACACCACACCGGGAGUGGGUCUAACAACCAGACGCUCUGCUUCCAUUAUGUUCCGUCUUGGAAAUUUUGGAGUUGGUGGCUGUUGAAAUGUGAAGAUUUAUUCCGUUAGCCUUUCAUAUGAAGUAGUGGUGCUCGUUUAUGGGCUUCUGUUGUGAGAGACAAUUUGCAUUGAUGAGCUAGUCUUGUACCUGUUACAUGAAGUUAAUUAUUGUGUAUGUUGUGAUGAGGGAACCACUGAUGUCCUGAACCUGUAAUGAAGAGUACCAGUUAAGGAACCUGCCGUUGUACCAGUUAGUUGCCCUCCAAGUCAAGCAUCCCAGUCAUUCCAAGAUUUAAGCCAGCAGCAGCAACAGUUAACUUUCUAUUGGAUGUGUGUGUGUUCAAAGACAUUUUCUAAUUUUUUUAUUGAUAUGGCACAUCUGCUUACAGAAUUUGUAUAUUCUAUACAAUUUGUUUUUACCUACAUUUUAUAUUUUUAAUGUUCACCGUUUAGAUUCAAAAGGGCAUUUCAAUUAACAAUAAGACCUCUCAUGUUCAAAAUCAUGUUAUCCUGACAGGUUUGAAUAGGUAGUUGACAUCACAUUUCUGCUUCCUUGCCUCAUCAUUGCAUCUUGCAUUAUAUCCAUCAUUAGUCCUUAACAUAAGUUUGAAUAGAUGGAUAUGUGAAGAUAUAUCAAGACACUUUGGGUGUGCAUUGUCAUUUAGUUUGUCCAUGGCUAACCAUAAUUCUGUGCCAAAUCAUGGAGAUGAAUAGACCCAAUAGAUUACAGUACAGUGACUUAGAUAAUGGCAGGAUAUAUAUACUUAAUGAGCAGCAACCCAACAUCCAACCACUCUUUCCGUAGAUGACAAAGUUUGCUACAUUUCGAUAAGAAGCAUUUAUCGGUUUGACAAUUUGCAACACGCACGUACAGUACUGCAAGCAGUUCCAUCUUUGCUCGUGAGGACCGACACAAUUUUCUAUUACCGUACUCUGGAAACAUUGCAUUGAUGCGACAGACGUGUAUGCAAUGAAAUGGUAUUGGAGUAUAGUAUGUGGAAAAGUGACAUAGCCUUAUUACUGGCUACACAUAUAGCUAUACAGAAUUACUGUAUGUGCAAAUUAAUUUACAUGGGAGUGUUUGUUACCUCAUAUUGAAAUGCCCUUUUUAUUUUUAUGAUAAAUCUUUAACAAAGACCUGUGCUGUUUAAAUGUUAAUCAUGAGCAGUCUACUGAAAGAAACUUUCGAAUAAAGACAUUUGAUCCGGAACACCGUCAUACCUUUUUAUCUAACUGUAGCAGUUGUUGUUACCAAUUGUUAUCCGUUUUAUGUUUGAGCCUGUGAUAUUUAUGCAAUGACAGCAUUUAGUAUUUCUGAAUAUAACAUUUUUGUUG